CGCGCAGCACGAGGGCCAGCGCCCGCUAUGGACUGUGCGCCAGCGCCGCCUCCGCCUGCACAGCAUGGCCACGUCUGGCGCGGGUUCGCAGGUGUCUGUCGCUGCUAGCGCCGUAUCUGCGGCCGCAGUCCAGGUCGAGGACCACAAGGCACACGCGAUGGUUGUGGAGUUCAAUGCCCAGGUGGCUCUGUUCCGCGACCUGCUGAUCCACGUCGGACAGCCCAAGGACUGCCCAGACCUGAGAGAGCGCAUCCGCAAGCAGCGCAGGACCUGCGUGGAGACGUGCCGCCACACGAGUCAGCUGCUGCUUCCCGCAGUCCGCAGCGCUGUGGCGGAGGGCAUCCCCGCAGACAACCCGCACCUGGUCCUGCUGUUCUUCAUCUCGCAGCUGCUGCUGAGAGAGCUCGACAAGUGCCGACGGCUCGUGCAAGUGGUGCCCAUGGAUAUGUCCAGUCUGUAUGAAAACCGACCAGGACCGUCCAAUCUUGGGAAUGUUAUAAGUCAGCUCCUCCUGUGUAAAACCAUCACACCUGACUUCAACCAGGAAGAGCUGUGCAGUAUAGCAAAGGACUCGCAGGAUGUUCUGAAGCUACUGCAGGACAUGCAAGAAUAUCUCCCUAAGUUGGAAGCAGGCACCGAGCGCAGCUCGGCGCUGCAGCAGGCGGUGGACGGCCGCGGCAGCGCAGGCACCAGCCGCGCCGCCGACCAGUGGACGCUGAAGGCGCCUCCGGGCUCGGCGGGCCUCUACAGCAAGGUGGGCUCCCUCUGCUGCCUCUGCAGCCGGCCGCACUACCUGUGAUGGCGGCCCGCCGCCCUCUAGCGGCCCCCCUGCAGGACCAGUCGGCAGCAGCCUGGCGGCGCCGGAGGGCCUGAGACGUAUCCAGACAGGACGCAGGCGGCCGCACCACGAGUUCCACAAAUGUUCCUUCUGUGCUGCCUCUAACGACGGCCCUACAAUCGGUGACGCACAUCACACCACCGGACCCUCUACUGUCACUUCUAAAACAGUGCACGGACAAAACUAGUGUAGCACUAUAAAAUCCAUCUGCCAUACAGGCAGUGAAAUUCUUUACAUAUCCAAUGAAUUACGGCAUAGUUUGCUCACAACUCGUAAUCAUGAGCUCUUCGCCUUCCAAAAAACUCUCUUCCCUUGGACACAUCGGCAAUAAUUUGUACAAAACUGAUACGUGAAGGAGAAAUAUAUCACUCUGAAUGAAAAUUUACUGUUCCACUUCACUAUCACGAAUCAGGCACGAACAUUUUCUUUAGAGAGUAUGAAACUCAAUCUAACACCUUUUUCUAUAUCUUUCAGGGUAAUAAUUGUGUAAAACUGUAACUGUAUUUCAG